AUGCCCAUCACAUCAUCACCCCCGCCCUCCAUCCUCAAAACAUCUAAAUCAUCCAGCAACAACAAAAAAGGAUCGUCAACCGCAGGCAAAAAACGCAAGAUAGUAGUAAUAGAUCUUGAGUCUUCGCCUGAGCCUACGCCAGCGCCUGUAUUAAAUGCCGGCAACGGUGAUGGCCCGCCACCAGCCAAACGUGCCCGUGUGCAAUUCGACGAGACGGCAGACACAAAACGAUCACCACGACCGGUUGAAGACGAUACACCGCAAGAAAAGAGUGCCGCUCUAGUCCGCGAGGAAAUUCGACGUGCUAUUCAGCGACAUGUCUCCGGUGCGGAUAGCGAGGGAUAUGAUCAGAUCAAGGAAAUUUUCACCACGGACCCGAAAGCGGCGCCCGAUGAAGAGAGUUCCGAUAUUCCUAGUCCUACAUCGCUGAAGAGGCAUAUUAUGGGUUUACUGUCGAAUGUCGCUGCCUUGAACCGGGAUUGCUCGGGGCUGGUUCAUGCGGUUCUGGGCAGUGAAUGGGUUGGUCGAGAUGAGUCGUAUGUCAAACUAUUUGUCCGGUUUCUGGGAAAUCUCGCUGCGACGCAUACGGGAUAUAUGCGACCGGUAUUGAAGAUGCUGGUCAACUAUUUCGGAGAGAUCCCCAAAGGAACCGGCAGGCUUCCCGGACAGGCGAGCGUUUCGCACGAAGAGAUCUACGACCGAGUGCAUAUGGCAUUACGAUAUAUCAUGGAGCUGCUUCCGGCGGGAAGUAGCACAUUAUCGCCAAUAUUGUCGCAGCAGUUUCCGUUCGACACUGAUUCUGCAAGAGCCAACGUUUUUUAUACUCGCAAUCUUAUCAAGGUGAUCGGCUACGCACCGGAGCUGCGAGGCGAUAUUUUGUCGCUGAUUACCGAAAGGUUGAUCAAGAUCGACGUACAAAUCCAGGUCGAUAUGGAAGAUUUUGAAGAUGAAGUGGGCGAAGAUAUUCUCGAAGAGCUCUCACGACCUUUUGAGAUUGAGUACCUCGAUGAAGAAGAUUCAGACGAUGAAUCUGUGCUGAGCGAUGAUGAGGCAGACGCCGAGGCCAAACGGUUACAAACCGUCAAAAACAAUAUCAGCAAGGUCGAUUCGAUGAUUGAUCAACUGUUUGAAUACUAUUCGUCUCCAUUCAAGGAUGGCACGAACGAUGUCAAACUUCAAACACUGGAUCUGUUGAUUCAUCAUUUUGUCAGCUAUAUUCUCCCGACAUAUCGAUCCCGACAUACGCAAUUUCUGCUCUUUCAUUUUUCGCAACUUAACCCUGAUCUCGUGGAUAAAUUCGUCACAUCAUGCAUGGAGAUUAUCAAUAGCAAGUCACGAUCGGCCAUUAUGCGUCAAUCGGCAGCGGCAUAUCUAGGAAGUUUCGUCGCCCGAGGAAAGCAUCUAUCUUCUCGUUCUGUUCGGGAUAUCUACGAAAUGCUGGGCAAGAAUGUCUCCAACUUGUUAGAAAUAUACGAUAAAACCUGCAAGGGCCCUGAUCUUCGUCGCUACGGACCGUUUUAUGCCUCCACGCAAGCACUCCUGUACAUAUUCUGCUUUCGGUGGAGGGAUCUCACGACCGCAGCCGAAGAAAACGACGGCCUCGAAGACGAGGAUCCGGACCUGGAAGACGUCACAUUCCCCGAACCCGUGCGAGUCGUCCUGUAUCGAGCCAUUCACUCCAAGCUGAAUCCACUCAAAGUGUGCUCUCCAGCAAUCGUGACCGAGUUUGCGAAAAUAUCGCAACGCUUCGACUUCAUAUACAUUUACUCCCUACUCGAAACGAACAAACGUAUCCGCUUAUCUUCCUUUAGAAGCGUCACUACUCUCUCCGACCCACGCUUUAGUAUCGUCGAACGCGAGACUCGCGCGGGUAACGACGGUGCGGAUGUCCUGGAUGCUUAUUUCCCGUUUGAUCCAUACCAACUGCCCAGAAGUAGACGGUGGUUGGAAGGGGAUUAUAUAGAGUGGCGCGGCGUUUCGGGCGUUGAUGAUCAGGGCGGUGAUGAUUCGGAUAGUGCUGCAGAGCAGGUAGAUGAUGAUGUUGAUGACGACGAUGAUGAUGAUCCUACAGCUACUGAUGAGGAGUGA